CGGCUCCCUACAUUUCUUGUUUCCAACGAGCAGCCUCAUAGUGAAACAACGCUGGAGGAUCCUCCCUUCAGCUUUAACGAGAGAAAAACACAGUGUGAUUAAUAUAAUACACCGGCGAGAACCCCAGGCAGUAUUGAGAAACCAUGCAGUGAGCGGCUUCCAGUUUCAUCCGUUGAGCAAAUAUGGGAGAUUAUAUAUUAGCUACAAUUAGUGCUUCGUUGCAGAGUUAACAACCCUUAGGGUUCCGCAGCUGAUCAUGGCAAAGCAGUAUGAUGUUUUAUUCAGACUGCUUCUGCUCGGUGAUUCUGGGGUUGGGAAAACGUGUUUGCUGUGCAGAUUCACAGAUAAUGAAUUCCACUCUUCGCAUAUUUCUACAAUAGGGGUUGACUUUAAAAUGAAGACGGUAGAAGUAGAUGGAAUCAAAGUAAGAAUACAGAUAUGGGACACUGCGGGGCAGGAGCGUUACCAGACCAUCACCAAACAGUAUUAUAGACGAGCCCAGGGAAUCUUUUUAGUCUAUGACAUCACAAGCGAACGGUCCUUUCAACACAUCAUGAAGUGGGCUAGUGAUGUAGACGAGUACGCCCCUGAAAAGGUUCAGAAGAUCCUGAUCGCGAACAAAGCAGAUGAGCAACGGGAAAGGCAGGUGACCAUCGAGCAGGGUGUCAAGCUGGCAAACGAAUAUGGGAUGGACUUCUUUGAGACAAGUGCCUGUACCAAUUACAAUAUUAAGGAGUCAUUCACUCGACUGACAGAACUAGUUCUACAGGCCCACAAGAAGGAGCUGGAUGUGUUACGAGUGUCGAUCAAUGAUGAACUGAGCAUAGCAGACUUGGAGGAUGAGGAGGGCAAAGGGGAUGGAAGCGGCAACUCUCAGAAAGCCUGCUGGUGUUAGGAAACAGACUGGGAGCACUGGGGUACCUCUGCCACUGCAGCUGCUUUCCAGCUCAAUCUCACACAAGCUAAAUCAAAAAUUUGAUUAGCAAUGUUUUUCUGUGUUUUUUGGGGUUUUUUUGUCCAGAGAAUUAGGUGGGUUUUUUUAAACUGUAUGUUCAUGCGCUGUCUAUUUUCUUGUAGUUAUUUUGGUGUAAUUUCUUUUCAAAUCAGUUAACGACUUUAGCACACUUACAACUACUACUGCCAUUUUAACCUAUGUUUGUUUUUUCCUAUAAUGAAAUGUAUACACACAUUGUUCAUAAAACAGAAGAACAGUAAUCCCUCAGCAGAGUGCUCUCGGAUUAACCGUGUUCUCAGCUAUAACACACAAUCUCUUUGCAGUUACUUUCGGUGUAAGUGUGUUCCACGUUAUUAUCAGUGUUUUGGGAAAUGGAGACUAUGAUUGAAAAUACAUUCUUCAGUCUUGAUGUAUUUUCACAAAUAUUGCAGUGUUUUUCAUAACUGGUUGUCAUAA